AUGCCUGUCGUCAAAGCGCUCGAGGACAGGGGCCGUACACUAACAGAUGCGCUACUAACACACGAUGUGCUGGCAUACCGAGGGGCAACAGACACAGGGGCGCUUCUGGACACCCUGGUGGCCCUCCACGAGGAACUCAAUGAGCGGCAGUUUCUGAGCUCGCCCAAUAUCAACGAGUUUGUGGAGCGGUACAAGGACUCGGUGGAGGAUGUGAAAAGACUGAGACUGGGCAAAAGGGAUUUUGAGUUUGUCCGGUCGCUUGCCAGGGGCCAGUUUGGGAUUGUGGAUAUUGUGCGGACGGCGUUUCUCGAGGAGCGCGACGUGCUGGUGCUGGGCAAGGACUCGCCCUGGAUCCCAGACCUCUACGCGGCGUUCCAGGACAAGGAGAACCUCUACAUAGUGAUGGAAUUCGUGGCUGGCGGCGACCUCUUCAGCAUGCUGGACCGCUGCGAGAACGCGAUAAUCGACGAGUCCGCCGCGCGGUUCUACGCGGCCGAGCUGGUGUUGGCCCUGGAGGAUCUGCAUAAAAUAGGGUACAUCCAUAGGGACUGCAAGCCGCAAAAUACUCUUCUGGAUGAGCGCGGCCAUGUCAAGCUGGCAGACUUUGGAUCUUGCGCCCGUAUCGACGCCUCGGGCGCGCAUGAGGCGCAGACAUCCGUUCCCGUGGGUACCUGUGACUACAUUGCGCCCGAGAUCUUGCGAGCGCGCGAGCUGGGCAACGGUGGCGUUGUCAGUACAUCCUGCGACUGGUGGUCCCUGGGCACGGUUCUCUAUGAAAUGAUCUACGGCGAUCCGCCAUUCUACAGCGACAGUGUGCCGGAGACUUACGGCAAAAUCAUGUCCAGUGAAAAGCACCUCUCCUUCGACCCAUCACUCGAGGUGUCCGAGGAGGCCAAGGACCUGAUGCGCAAGCUUCUUGUUCGGCAGGAGGACCGGCUCGGGCUGCCAGGCAUCAAGGCGCAUGCGUUCUUCGCCUCGGUUGAUUGGGACCGCAUUAGGCAGCAGGACGCGCCGUUUGUGCCGCGCAUUAGCUCGCCCGACGACACGUCCAACUUUAGCGUCGGUGAUGAGGCCGAGGAGGACAUGGGUAUGGCUAUGGCACGCGCAAGCAGCAGCAGGCUGGGCCACGGCCGAGAGUACGCCGGCGAGCAGCUGCCCUUCAUUGGCUUUACUUUUCUGCCGCAGACGUUCACCCUCAGCGCUAAAAGAUUGGCUCCGCCGACGCCACGCGGGCCGAGGGACGAUCCGGCCCAGCUGCGCGGCCUUAAGCUGAGGAUCGAGCAGCUGGAGGCCGAGAAUGCCAGGCUCAAGGGAAUGCAGGCUGAGUGGGAGGAGGAGAGGAGGCUUGUGAAGACAAAGGUUGCUGCGCUUGAGGCCAAGGCGCUGCUGCCGCCGCCCGUGACGCCCCCGCCAAUUCCUGUGCCCAAGCGCGACUCGGCGAUACAGACUGAUGAUGAAGAAAAAAAGGAGGAGAAGAAUGAUGAUGCGGACAAGGAUGCCUACGCCAGACUGGCAGAGAGCCUGGCCGUGCAGUUCAGCGGGCAAUCAGAGCAUCUCACCAAGCUCGUUGCAGCCGUCAACGGGCUGGCCGAGGUGACCGGGGACAAGCUCGACGAGGGCCUGCAGAUGCAGCGCAAGGAGAUCAGCGCAUUGGCCAGCCUCAUCCAGCCUGGCGCAUCCACACUGCCACGGCUCUCCAGCAAGGCGUCCAUGACACAGGUUUACCAGGCCAACGGGUCAUCGGGGCGCCUGAGCGUGGGCCAGACGACGCGUGCGCCCAGACGCUCGAUCAGCGCCAACGACGAUUCCCUGGCGGACACGCACCCUACGGUGGUUGCCACGCUGGUCAACGAGACGCGCUCCGCGACGGACGCCAGCCGCCAGCCCGGGUCGCCGGCUGUUAGUCGUGUGUCGCGUGCCGAGCGCCGGGUGUCGGCUGGUGUCGCCUCAGACGCGCUGUCGGUUAUCGGAAACAAGUGCGACAGACUGGCAGCGCUGUUCGAGCAGUACGCCAGUGAGAUCGAGGGCAUUCACCAGUCGCAGGCGUCGCUGAUUGCCAUUUGCAGCGCGCUCAAGUCGGCUGUAGAGCCGGGCCGCUCCCUGGCCGACAUCCCAGAGGUGGCCACCCCCGAGGGAUCCACCAGGAGCCGCCGCAAGACCGAGCAAAUUCGCCGUCGCGGAGCACCCGAUUUCACGCAGCCUGCUGCCACUCCCGCUGACUCUGCUGUGGAUCUCUACAGGGCGGCCACUGAUGAGCUGGUUGCCGGGCUCAAGGCGCAGCUGUCCCAGGCUGAGGACGCCCGGGUGGCUGCCGAGGCCCGCGCUGCCGAGCUGCUGGGCUGGAUUGGGCGCGAGUCCAAGGGCCGCGCGCUGCUGGAGGACAUGAUCCGCACGGCGCAGCAGGCGUGCAAGAUGGCCGAGGACAAGUUUGAGCAGAUGAGCAAGGAGACUGAUUCCCUCAAGCGGGCGCUGGGAUCAAAGAGCGAGAGCAUUUCCAGCCUGCAGGCCACAGUGGAGACCCGAGACAAGGAGCUGCGGCAUCUGCGGCGUGCAUCGAGGAAGGCGCUGGAUCAGCUGGCCGAUAUCAGUGCACAGCCCCAGCCGCCGCUGCCUACUGCGGAGAAGACCAAGGAGAACAUGGACGUGGAGCUGCAGGAGGCUGUCACGGUGCAUGUGCGGCUGCAGUUCGAGAUAGCCCGGCUGGAGGGCGAGGUGUCUCGGCUGGAGUCAGAGAAAGCACAGUUGGCCAAAGAGCUCAAGCUCAAGGACUCGAAGCUCAGGACUGCAGAGUCACUUGCCGAAUCCGACGGUAUCCGCGUGCGGCCUAUGGAUGGUGGGAUCGAGGAUGAUGAGGGCGAUUCCAAGUAUGGAAGCACGGGGGCUAAAUCGCACAAGCGGUUCAAGGUCCAGCUGCAGAACCUGCAGAGCCACGUGGAGUAUCUUGAGACCAAGCUUGCACUGGCAGUGAGUGAGAACGAGCAGCUGAAGAAGCAGCAGAGUCCAGGCAUUAAGUUUCCAAGUUUUUCGCGCAAGAACAGCAGCAAUUUGCAGCAGCAGCAGCCCGAUGUGGCUGAGCCGAGGCUGAGGUCAACUUCGAUGUUCCCCAACUUGCACAGCAACAUGGGGACGGCCUUUGCAUCCGCUGCGUCGUUCGAUGGCGAUCGCAAGUCAACAGAGUCGGCGGAUAGCUAUGGGACUGCUGGGAACUCCUAUUCGCCGACGUCGAGGCCGAGGCCGCCACUGGAUCCUUCGAAUGGCAGUACCGGUAGUACUGGUAGUCGGCCUCGGAAUGACUCGACAACGUCGUCGUUUGAGCGCAUACGUUCGCCAUUUAAGGGCUUCCGAAAGCAUUUCAGCUGA